AUAGCAAUUUACCUAAAGUUGUCCUUCCUGUUCUUACCUUCCUUUUCUUCAAGGCAUCAGGUAAUAUAUUCUUUCAUAGAGCAUCAAACAAGCAGUCGGCUUUUAGGCUGAAGAAAUAGGUACCUAGGUGCCCCGUAAGUAACUGUGUACCCUCUAGCGACCUUUGGGUGCAUAGGUACCCCUAGCGGCCGAUAGAGGGUACCUAAGGUAAGUACCUAACGGUCCCAGAAACAGAACAGACGCGUCCCCAAAACUCCCACUUUCCAGCCCAAUGCUUGCUUCCACAGACGUCACCUUUCCAAUCUCCCUUCUCUCGCACAGUAUUGCCGCGGAACAGCACGCCGCCCACGUCCAUCUAGUACACAGAGGCACUUCUUGACGGCAUCCAGCAACUCGAAUGGCGGCAAGCGUGGAUGCAAAGCUCCUGCGAGCUACCAAAUUCCCCCCGGAGUUCAACCAAAAGGUCGACAUGCAAAAGGUCAAUCUUCAAGUUAUGAAAAAAUGGAUAGCUAGCAGAAUAUCCGAAAUCCUAGGCUCUGAAGACGACGUGGUUAUAGAGCUAUGCUUCAAUCUGAUUGACGGUCCUCGCUUCGUACGUUCGCGCUCAACCAUUCCACUUCAACACGACAAUGAGAGAAAAUUGACUUGUUCUUUAAAGCCCGAUAUCAAAUCCUUGCAAAUUCAGCUCACGGGUUUCCUGGAUAAAGACACCGCCCCCUUUUGUAAGGAGCUCUGGAAGCUUUGCUUGAGCGCCCAGUCCAGCCCACAAGGUGUCCCGAAAGAACUCUUAGAGGCCAAGAAGCUUGAACUCAUUCAAGAGAAGAUCGAUGCAGAUAAAGCUGCCGAGGAGGCUCGCGUCCGUCGAGAGACACAGGAGCGUCGAGAUCGCGAGUUAACGGAAAUUCGAGAUCGUGAGCGACGAGACCGUAGCUUCCGUGGGGGCCGUGGGGACAAUUGGCGCGGUGGUAGACGCGGUGGUGACAGAGCUUUUGACGAUCGAAGAGGAUUCGGACGUGGCGCGGGUCGAGGCGCAUCCCCUCCGAGAAGAGACCGUGACUCAUAUCAAGGCAACCGUGAUCGCUAUGUGCCUGAUGGGCGUCGUGGGGCACGAGAAGAUUUCCGGCGUGGGCGCUCCCCAACCCGCUCAGCAUCUACAGAUUCACGCGAUUCUCGCUCACGAUCACCAAACGAGACCAACAAACGCAAUCGGCGCAAUAGUUCCACGAGUCCGCCCCGAUAUCGGGCUGGGAAUAAAUCUCCUCCUCGUUACAGGAAGCGAGAUCGCUCGCUUGACCAAAAAAGGGUUUCUCGAGGCCGUGGCAAUCACGGUCGAAAUAACACAUCUUCUCCCGACAGUUAUUCUAGUUCGGAAGACAGUAGUAAAUCACGCUCACCCGUCCGUAAAAGACGCAGAUACUCCGACUCACCAAGUCGCUCAAGGUCUCCAACACGCAGAGAUAGUCGCCGUUUGAGCCGCUCCCGAUUGUCCUCGACAUCUCGGUCCCGGUCCCGGUCUCGUAGCCCCAGACGACGACCGGCACGCGAGCUAAUCAGCCGCAGUCCGUCGCCUAAUCGCCGAGGCAGACUCAGGCGAUCAUUCACACGGAGCCUUACUCGAUCAGCAUCGCCUAAGGGCCACAGACGGUCUCGGCGCAGCUUAAGUAGAAGUAGGAGCAGGAGCAGAAGCAAGGAUAGAGAUAUUAGCACAUCUCCUGGACCCUCGAAGAACCGGACCCCCCGACCCCGUGACAACAGACCAGCUGAUAUUUCGGAAGAUGAAGACAUAUCUCGAUCGUCACGAUAUGAUGCGGCCUCGGCGGCCAAGGAGGUUCGUUCUUCUUGAUAGGGGUUCUGAUUCUGGCUAAUUCCCGUAUCAAGAGCUGACUCUCUGUUGUCAGAGCAAGACAUCACAGCAGCAGGCCAACAAGUUGAGAGAGAAACUCUUGAAAGAUAAAAUCAUGAAGAUGAGAAGAACCUCAAAUAGCGACGCGGUUGAGAGGUGACGCUAAUCUUGCCAGACAUACAGAUUUAGUAUCUUGAAACACUGCAUCAGCUACCCUUCCCAGUGCGGACUCCUGUAUGGUAUUGGAUCGAGGUCAGUAGUUACGUUAUCAUUCAUCCAAUGGCUUGUUCGUCAUUACCCUAGCAUAUACAGCCAUUUAUCAAUGAGAACCCGCUAGAACGCUAUAUUUCUU